AACAUGGCGUCUAUACCUACGUCUCUUCUAGUUCUUGUGUUCGUUGUUUCAUUACGAUUCCUUGAAGCAGCUCAUUGCUCUGGUUCCCCACCAACAGGCACCCAGAAUUUGAAUGCUAUCGACGAGGGUUUACCUAAAUAUGUUAGAUCUGUAUCGAAUGGUAAACUGUAUGAAGUAGGAAGUGGUGAAGAUGUUUUUAAAAUUGUUCAUGUCUGGGGAACUCCUUACGAGAUGGGCUAUGCCCAGGGUAGCUUGGUUAAAAAUGAAACCCAACAAAUGGUGGCUGCUGUAUGGAAAUAUAUGGAAGAUCAAAUCGCUGUACCAAUUAAUAACACUAUUCAUUUCCGAAACUGGUUUCUGUAUGACGUUGCUAAUUUGGGCCUAGACUUGGCUCUAGAUUUGGAACAUUUACUGACUAAACGAUUUACAAACCCAGCAUUCUUUGAUGAAAUUCGGGGUAUGGCUGAAGCUGCUGGUGUUGAUGAAAAGAAGCUAAUAAGAAUCCACUUAAUAGGGGAAUUAACGAAAGGAUCAUGUUCAAUGUUAGGUGCCUGGGGUAACAGUUUAGAGGCAGCAAAUUCUUUACUACAAUUACGUGCCCUAGAUUGGGCAGUUGACGGACCCUUUAAAGAUUUCCCCCAGGUGACAGUUUAUCAUCCAGUUAAUUCAACCUAUGGUAUACCGUUUGCUAAUUUUGGUUGGACAGCAUGGAUUGGUUCUAUUACGGGAAUGAAUUCUGAAAGAAUGGCGAUAUCUGAAAUUGGUGUUUCAUUCCCGGAUGACACUUUUGGUAAAGAAUCAAGAGUUGGGGUUCCUUUCACUCAAUUAUUACGAGAUAUCUUACAGUACGAUACAUCAUUGAACCAGUCACUAGAUCGUAUAACUAACAGUAGAAGAACAUGCGAUCUUAUAUUAGGUGUUGGUGAUGCUAAGAUACCCGCUUUCCGUAGUGUAGAAUAUUCAGCAUCAGCAGCUGAUUUCUUUGAUGAUACCAACAUGAGACCAGAAGCCUCGUGGCAUCCUAGAAUAUCUGAUGUAGUUUAUCACGGUAUGGAUUGGGAUUGCCCUGCGUUUAAUCAAGCUUUAGCCAAACAAAUUCUAGUUAAUUAUGGUAAACUUACAGCUCAGGCUGUGAUACGGGAUGUAGUACCAAUAGUUCAAACUGGUAAUAUGCAAGUAGCUGUAUACGAUCUUACACAGAACAUUGCUUAUCUUGCUAAUGCCAGGGCUUCGUAUGAGACUGGACCAACAUAUGCUUAUGAAAGGACGUAUAUAAAACUGGAUAUGGGACAGUUGUUUAGUGAAAGUCCACCAUCCCGGCAGUAGAUCGGCCAAUUAAAAAGUAAAACAAAAUAUGUGUAAAUGAACAAAUAAAUAAAAAAGAAAUAC